CCCCCAUGCUGCGGCGCCCUCUGGCCGGGCUGGCUGUUGCCGCCUUAGGCCGGGGUCCUGUGGACGGUCCUGACAAGCAAAAUCCCUUGCUAGGCAUGUCCCGGCCCAGGCCUGUGGUGCUGAGUGGACCCUCGGGAGCUGGGAAAAGCACCUUGCUUAAGAAGCUAUUCCAGGAGUAUGGCAGCAUCUUCGGAUUCAGCGUGUCCCAUACCACGAGAGACCCCCGGCCUGGCGAGGAGAACGGCAAACAUUACUACUUUGUGACCAGAGAGGUGAUGCAGCGUGACAUUGCUGCUGGUGACUUCAUUGAACAUGCCGAGUUCUCUGGGAACCUGUACGGCACGAGCAAGGCAGCUGUGCAGGCGGUACAGGCCAUGAACCGCAUCUGCGUGCUAGAUGUGGACCUACAGGGCGUGCGCAACAUCAAGAAGACUGACCUUCGGCCCCUCUACAUCUCCGUGCAGCCACCCUCGCUGGAUGUGCUGGAGCAGCGGCUGCGGCAGCGCAACACAGAGACAGAGGAGAGCCUGGCGAAGCGGAUGGCCGCUGCCCGGGCCGACAUGGAGAGCAGCAAGGAGCCGGGCCUAUUUGACUUGAUCAUUAUCAACGAUGACCUGGACACAGCCUACGCAGAGCUGAAGGAGGCAUUGUCCGAGGAAAUUAAGAAAGCCCAGGGGACCAACUGUACCUGAUGAGGCCUGCUCUUGGAAUCAGGCGCCUUCUGUGCCUGCCCCUCCUGGGAUCCACAUAGAACCAGGGUGAAUGCAUGGAGCUGCCCCUUUGGAGGGCCCCACAGCCCCUCUGAGCCCUCAGUCAAUGCCUGGGGUGGAGGGGUGCCACCCACCUGGCCUGCCAUGGUCAGAGGGUCCUGGGUGCCCCUACCCUGCCCCCCAGGCUGUUCUCUCUUUGUCCUUCCUGCUGGAACCAGGACUGACAUUCUAAUAAAUUAAUGUUGGGUUGGAGUGUCCA